UUUCACUUCACAACCAGAAUCCGCUCAUUGUUCUUCUUACUAUGAGUGACGACACGCUGACCGUUCCAAGAUGGCGGGCGCGCCGACGUGUCUUGAGCGGUUGAAUGUAAUUUCUACAUUGACACAUUUCACUUCUGUGCCGUUACCAUGGAGAUUGUAAACGCAGCACAAUUGAAAAUACAAACACAUGUCUUCGCUUAAAUAUUAUCGCUAAGACGUCACUUCACGGCGGGUUGGAUAAAUAAGCGCAGCAAGUGUUAGCCGUGUAAUAGGCUGAUUGUGUGGUUGUUAAUGAGAUGGACUCUCAGUACGUGAGCAGGACUCUGGGCCGCUGUCUCUCCGAGGCUCUCGCCGAACUAAUCGAGCUCCGACCGCUGGAUCCCAUCGAGUUCCUGGCGCUCUGGAUCCGCAAAUACAAACACAACCAGGAGCUCGAGCUGCAGAGAGCCGCUCAUCAGAGAGAGCUGGAGGAGGAGAAGCGGAGGGUCCAUGAGGAGAAUCUCCAUCAGAGAGAGCUGGAGGAGGAGGAGAGCCGGAUCAGAGCCGCCGCACAGCAUGUUCCUGAAUCAGCAGACGAGAGCAAACCAGAUCUGCGUGAAGAUGAGAGAGAGAGUGCAGCCGAUCCGCCAGAGAGAGCGAGCGAGCCGCAGGAUCAGGAGGAUCAAACCUCGGAGAGCCUGAACCCUGAGGAGGAGCUUCAUCCAGAGGACUCUCCGAGCGCAGGGAAUGAAGCAGACGAUCCUCCUGAAGAAAAGACAGAAGACGACACGACCGAGGGACCGAUGGAGAGAAGCGCAGGGAAUGAAGCAGACGCUCCUCCUGAAGAAAAGACAGAAGAAGACACGACCGAGAGACCGAUGGAGAGAGAGGAAGAUGAGGAAGACGACAGAGCCUAAACGACAAAACCCAACUUGUUUCAUUAUUAAUCUCUGAAUUUGCCAAUUCACAAUUAUAUGCAUAUUAAUAUUAAACUAUAUUUAUGCCAACUGAACGUUUCUGUUGUGUGUUACAUUCUUCACACAGUCUUCACACACACACUAGUACUAGUCAUGUGAUUUACAUUUCUGUCUUAAAGUUAAAUAAAUCAAGUGUGUUUUUUUCCAUGAUAAAGCCAAAGAAGCUGAGACGUUUAAAAACUAAAAGUGUGUGUGUGUGUGUGUGUGUGUGUGUGCAGGGAGGCGUCUGAGUGAGUGUGGGAAUUUGAUUAAGCAAAAGUAGUGAUGAAUAAUGAAACACACUUGUGUUGUUCUGGGAAGAUGUGAAAAAGCAAACAAACCACCCGAAUGCCAUCGAGGUUUCCCAGAAGUCAUUGCAGCGCUGAGGUCUCGAGAAGCUUUGAUAAGUG